AUGGGAAAGAAGAAAGCUCCCCCAACCACUUUGUAUGAGCAGCACGUCAGAAAAACUCUCACGAGAGAGUACAGCGGCUCCACUCCGCNCGCUGAAUCACCGCACAGUAAUGCUGCACCCGAAGCAGAAGUAAAAGCAGUACAGAAGGAGGCUGGUUCGAAUGAGAAUCAAACAAGAAAAGAAACGCACUCACAACAUGUAAGGCCAUGCCAUGUCUUUGGUGUACUCUGUGCUCUCGUGGUCGCCUUUCUCUUCUUCCACUUCGCGGAGGAUUCCCAUCAGAGCUUCCCGUGCCACUGUUGUACAUCAAGUGAGCCGCUGGUGUCUGCUCUUGCUGGUAAGAGGUUUGGUCUGACAGGUAUUCAUCUGCAUCAUAAAGACCGCGCAGUGGUGGAGAAGCAGCUAGAUGCGCUCCCGUCAUGUGUUUCGCUUCGCCGCUUGUCUGUUCCCUUUGAUAAUGUCUCUUCUUUAUUACAGCGCCUGAGGAAAGACGCUGCCGGUGCCAACUGUAUUGUUUGGGUGGUUGAGGAUUUAUCCGUUGUGCACGGUGUGGCCAACGCACUGAAAGAACUUUUGGAGGACAACUCGCUAAGAGGUGUGUCCAUCCUAACAAAUGACUCCCGCGGGCUAUUCGUUGUGCUCUCAGAGAGGAGCCGUGCACAACUGAAGGAUGUCCUUCCUCACCGAGUGGUCCACAUGUUUCGCACAAUAGCGUUGUGA